GCAUAUCUACAGCAGGAAAUCUAAAUCCGUAUUUUGACUCGGUUAGGCUCUAUGUCCCCAUACACUUUUCUUUGUACUAUUCCUUUUUAUUUAAUCUACUGAGGUGUUACAGAUCCGUCUGAACCUUUUGCUUAUAUAUCAUUGCAAAUCUUAAACAAUCUCUCCAUUGUUUUUCAAUUAGCAGACUCUAAAAAAAAUCCAUGGCUUACUCUAAAAUUCUCGUUUACUCCAUCUUUGUUAGAUUUCUCUGUUGUGCAACAAUCAAAGGACAAGACCCUACUUUGUUGUAUGAAAUUUGUCCCGAGUCCUACAACAGUACUACCACAGCCAAUAACACCUUCCAAGACAAUCUCAAGACCCUCCUUUCUUCGUUGUCAUCAAAAGCCAUUGGCAACACUGAAUACUACACCGCAGUAACUGGUGUCUAUGGAUUGUUCAUGUGCAGGGGGGAUAUAUCCUCUCAGCUUUGUCAUGACUGCAUAACAAAUGCAACCCAAAAACUAUCCUUAAGCUGCCCUUUGUUCGAAAGAGCUUUCAUAUGGUACGAUGAGUGUAUGGUUCGAUACUCCAACAGCUCAUUCUUUUCCACCAUAUCUACAACGCCUGGUGUUUACUUGGUGAACACGGCCAACAUCUCAAACCCGAAAAGCUUCAUGCCUUUAUUGUUUUCGACCAUGAAUAAAGCUGCUGAUGAAGCAGCACAACCACAUGUUGGUGAAGAAAACAAGAAGUUUGCCACACGGGAAGCAAAUAUUUCGACAUAUAAUCAUCUUUACUGUCUAGCUCAGUGCACACCAGACUUGUCACCCAAUGAUUGCAGAACUUGUCUCAGUACUGCUAUUGGGAAUCUUCCACAAUGUUGUAAUGGAAGGCUGGGUGGGAGAGUUCUAUUUCCUAGCUGCAAUGUUAGGUAUGAACUAUAUCCUUUUUAUAGGACUACUAAUACUUCUUCGCCAAAUCAACUUGUUCCUGAAACCAAUUAUACGAAACAAGAUUCUAGAUUUUCACAAGAUCCAUUUUAUGUUUCCUAUAAUUGUUCAAGUAAUCGCAGUACAAUCAAUGACAAAAACUUCAAAUUACUUCUCUCUUAUAUGUUUUCUAAUGCUACAAACGGCAACAAAUUUCGUAAAGUUCAAGUGAAAGAAAUGGUGUACGGAUUCUUCUUGUGUCGAGGUGACCUUCCUGUUAACCUCUGUAGUCAAUGCGUGAAAAAGGCAACAGAUCGAAUAUACUCAGAGUGUCUUUCAUCCUCGGAGGGUAUAAUUUGGUACAGCCACUGCUUGAUUCGUUAUUCGGAUCAGAAAUUCUUCUCUAACUUCGAAACAAGACCUAUGUACCGUGAUAUAAAUAUUACCGUAUACUCAAUAUACGACCAAAAUUUGUUCGCUAGUACAUUAUCGAAUCAGUUAUCUCAACUUGCGAAUUUUACAGGGGAUAGUAAUGAAAGAUAUAUGACAAAUUCAUUAAAAUUGAAUGACGUACAAACCUUGUAUUCUCUUGAACAAUGUACACAGGAGUUGUCUAGUAACGAAUGCUCUUCAUGUCUAAAUAAUAUUAUCGGUACAGAAAUUCCAUGGUUAUUUUUGGGAAGUGUUGGAGGAAGAGUUUUAUAUCCUAACUGCAAUUUGAGGUUUGAAUUGUUCCAAUUUUAUAUGGAUGGUGAUGAAGCUCAGCCACCUACUUCUCCAUUAUCAGGAGGAGAUGCAGCAGAGAACCGUAAAAUUAUCAUCAUUGUUGUCCCUGCCAUUAUUUUGUUGAUCCUUUUUUUUAUUGGCUACUAUUUGCUAAAGAGAAGGGGAAGAAAGAGUCGUAGGACUAUUAUUCUUCGGAAAAAUUUUGGUGAAGAAAGUGCCACUUUAGAACCACUUCAAUUCGAUUGGGAAGUCAUUGAAGCAGCAACCAACAACUUUUCUAAUGACAACUACAUUGGCAAAGGCGGGUUUGGAGAGGUUUACAAGGUUAGAAAAUGCAAAGAUAGCUUACCGUUUGAUUAAUUAUAUAUGAUAUUUCUUGUUUCUAUUUUUUUUAACCCAUAAAAUGAACAAUAAAGAAGGGGAACUUCUACGAUACAUCUGAAAUAUUUUAAUGUACCUUUACAUAGAUCAAUUAAUUAAUAAAUUAACGAUUAUUUUAUAAAUAAAACAAAACUAUUUAUCGAUUAUUGUAUUUCAGGAAUGAUAAUUUCAUAAGGAAAAACACAAGUUCAAUGUUUUUGA